AGAAGAGAGAUAAUGGAAGAAGUUCAUUCCGUUGUUACCCCGGACUCCCAAGGCUCGAAAACUUUCAGCUCCAGAGGUCUGGAGGGGCAAAGUGGUCGGUCUGUUGACACUGAGAGCCAGGAUUCUGUGAAGAGCUACACCUCCUUCUCCAGAAGGGGCCAUGUAGAGGAUCUCAGAGAGGAUGAGGAGGAGUCUGAAAUCACAAUGGGAGAGCAGGACAUGAAGGUCAUCCAAGGGGUUCAGGAGUGGCAUGAUGGCUGUGUUUACAAAGGGGAGUUCGGACUCAACAUGAAGCUUGGAUAUGGCGAGUUUUCUUGGCCCACGGGCGAGACCUACCGUGGGCAGUUUUACCGGGACCAUUACCAUGGCGUGGGCACCUACAUGUGGCCGGAUGGCUCCAGCUUCACAGGCACAUUUUAUCUCAGCCAACGAGAAGGCUACGGCACCAUGUACACGAAAACAACGUUAUUCCAGGGACUGUAUAAAGAUGACCAGAGGUACGGGCCAGGCAUCGAGACCUACCCUGACGGUAGUCAGGAUGUUGGACUGUGGUUUCGUGAGUACCUCCUCAAGCUGUGCACAAGGGUCCCCGGCAGCUUCUCCUUGUUAAACUACCCAGAAUUCAUGGCCUUCCUCACAAGCUCGAGACAGAGAAUCAGUCUCUCAGAUGAGGAGAAGGUAGACUUGGAUCUUUCUGAGGAGCAGGACCCCUUCUUCUAUGACUAUAAACAGUAUCUCCUGAAUGAUGACCUAAAGCUGCCUCCAGAGAUGCACGUCUAUUCCACCGACAACAGUCACCUGCCCAUGACCGACUCCCUGCGCAAAGAACUAGAUGACCGCAUCUUCAUGAACGAGAUCCCUCCAUUCAUUGAGGAUGAAGAACCCUGGUUUAUAACAAAUGAGACUCCUUUGUUGGUCAAAAUCCAGAAGCAAACUUACAAGUUCAGGAACAAGGAUGCUCACACCAGCUGGAACAUAGCUGCCAUCCUGGAGGGGAACCGUAGCAAGUUUGGGCCCAGUGGCCCCAAGGAGCAGAUUUCCAAGAAGAUGAUCAUGAAGGCUGAGGAAGGGGACUAUAACUGGAUUUUUGGAAUCUUGAGAGACAACCUUGCCUGUGCUGAUGUGGCUGACUCCAAAGGCUACACUGUGCUUGCUGCUGCAGCUAUGCAUUCUCACCUCGACAUUGUGAACCUUCUCCUGGAUUACGGGGCUGAUGUGAACAAGCGCUCGGAUGAGGGCAUCACACCCCUCAGCAUGUGUUUCCUCCAGUAUUACCCCAGCAAAUCCUUCCAUCCCAACAUUGCUGAGAGGACCCUGCUUCAGGAAUCUCCUAAAACCUUGGUCACCCCCAAAAUUUCAUUCUUGUUUGUGGAUCCAAACAUAGAUUAUCUCUAUGAUACGGGCAUGCCCUUACUGGGUGGAGAGGAAGUAAAGACAUCUCUGCACCCCUCAAGCAGCCUAGAUGACUCCCUGGUCUCUAUGCCAAGCCCAGAGUCCAACAACAUGCUUCACAAGCAAGAUGUCUCCCCAGUGAAGACUGUCAGCCCUGAUGUGGAGAAAGAGCCGGAGGACGCCACAGAAAAUGUGGAUGCUAGCACCUUGUACAGCGUUGACACAAACUUCGAGUCAACCAAGUGCCUGCGAAACUACACUAUCAAUGUCUCAAGGGACAUCCUGGAGAAGAGUGCUCAAGCCUACAGUUCAUUGCUGCAGUCACCCUGCUUCCCGUACAAAGGGACCGUGAGGAAGAUGGCACAGACCAUGGCCGAACGCAGAAACCGUUGGAUGACCAUCACAUUGCUGCUACGUAGAGGUGCCGAUCCUAACCUGUGUCAAGUGCCCAUGCAGGCUCUGUUUCUCGCCGUGAAGGCUGGGGAUGUGGAAGGGGUGAGGCUGCUACUGAUGAGUGGGGCCCAGACGGAUAUUCAGUAUCCUCCACAGCUGCAGUCCCUGACCCCGCUCCACAUCGCAGCCUCACUUCCUGGGGAGGAGGGUGUGAAGAUCACUGAGCUGCUGUUGCAUGCAGUCACUAAUGUGGAUGCCAGGGCAGCGGACCAAGACUACGUAUACAAAGGUGGCAAGGUUGAUCUCCUACCCUCAAGCCUGAAGCUCAACAAUGAGCCAGGCCCACCCAAGAACUACUAUUCCAAGCACACACUCAUCCCAGAGGAGGGUGGUCGCACUGCUUUGCACGUGGCCUGCGAGAGAGAGGACAACAAGAAGUGUGCCAGAGACAUAGUGCGGCUCCUUCUGUCCCACAGAGCGAAUCCAAACACACUGUGGAGUGGCCACUCCCCGCUCUCCCUGUCCAUUGCCAGUGGGAAUGACCUGGUUGUGAAGGAGCUCCUGUCCCAGGGAGCUGACCCCAAUUUGCCUCUGACCAAAGGCUUGGGCACUGCCCUGUGUGUUGUGUGUGACCUGGUCUAUGAACAGCAGAGGACCACUGACAACAAGAUUGCCCUGAUUGACCGGCUCAUUAGCUACGGGGCAGAUGUCCUAAAUCCCGUGACACUUGUGCAAGGAGAAAGGACAGCUGUGGGCACGGCAGUUGACUACGGCUACUUCAAGUUCUACCAGGACCGGAAGAUUGCCCACUGUCCCUUUCAUGCUCUGAUGCCCGCAGAGCGGGAGAUAUUCAUGGCUCGGAAAAGGCUGCUAGAAUACUUGGGCUUGCAAUUGCGGCUUGCCGUCCUCAACAAGGAAAGCCAGCUGGACAUGAAGGCGCUGUACCUGAGCAAGAGAGCAGAGCUGGCUCCCUGCCACAGGCUGAAGAAGAGAGGUUCUGGCCAAGCUAAGACCCCGCCCGUGGAGAAGCAGUCCCUUCCCUUUUACAAGUUUUGCUACCAGUGUGGCCGCUCCAUUGGGGUCCGCCUGUCACCUUGUCCCCGAUGCUACGGGAUCCUGACCUGUAGCAAGUACUGCAAGACCAAGGCCUGGGCUGAGUUCCAUAAAAAAGACUGCAAUGACAUCAUGGCCUUGGUACCGCGCUCGGAAGGUUCGGUUUGGAGGGUGGCAGAAUCUCUAUGAGGGAACAAUGCUUUGUGCUGAGCCUGGAGAGGAGUCCAGAGUUGCACCCUGUAGUGGCCUGACACAAGAAGUGUCUGCACGACAACGGCUGCAUUUCACAGCAGUCUCAUCCUCCUGACCUGGCAAUAAAGUGACCUAUAGUG